AUGGACGCGGUCAUUGAGGCACACAGCACCCUGGCUGAUGCAUAUACUAUCUUCCAAUCCCAACUGCAACAGAUGGAAAUGAAAAUGGUGGACCUUGAGGACUGGGCCCGAAGGAACAACAUCAGGCUGCAUGGCAUACCCGAGGACAUAAAGGCACCUGAAAUUAAAGAAUACACCACACAACUGGUCUCCUACCAGAGGCAAAAGACCCAGAAUUGCACCUGGAUAGAGUACACAG